GGACGUAGAACCGGGGCCAGUGGUGGAAGCGGCGGGGCCGCCGGCGGAGCGUCUGCCAGGAACGCGGGGGCGGCCGGGGCCGCCGCCGAACCCGGAAUCGUCGCGGACGAGGCCGCUGGCCCGGCCGGCGGACAUUUAAUCGAGUGGGAGGAGAACGACCGUUUCUCCUUCGACGACUCGGACCGCUUCGAGGAGGACUCCCUGUGCAGUUUCAGCAGCGAGCCCGAAUCCCUCUGCAACAAUUGGCGAGGAUGGAGGCGACCGGCGGCGACGUUCGGCUUCUCCAAGAAGUUCUGCGAGGAUGGACAACAAAUGGUGCCUACUCUCUGCGAACUUUCGGCACGAUGCGUCGCAUCUCAUAUUCCCUUCGAGUUGGUGGAACACUUCUAUCCUCCUGUACCGGAGCAACUCCAGCUGAGAAUAGCUUUCUGGAGUUUUCCCGAUAACGAAGAGGAUAUACGGCUUUAUUCGUGUCUCGCGAAUGGUAGUGCCGAUGAAUUUCUCCGGGGCGAACAUCUCUACCGUGCCAAAACCGUCAAGGAGCCAUUGCAGAUCGGAUUCCAUCUGAGCGCCAGCGUAAACUCGCAAACGAAUGGGGUCAGAGCGCAGUUCAACGUCGCUGUAACCUUUGACCGACGCAGGAUCACAUCAUGUAACUGUACCUGCUCCUCCACGGCCUAUUGGUGCGCACACGUGGUAGCCGUUUGCCUACACAGAAUACACAUGCCAACACAAGUAUGCCUGAGGGCGCCGGUUAGUGAAUCCUUAUCUCGUCUGCAUCGGGAACAACUGCAAAAGUUCGCUCAAUACCUCAUCAGUGAAUUGCCGCAGCAGAUUUUACCUACUGCCCAGCGGCUUCUGGACGAGCUACUCUCGACCCAACCGAGCGCCAUCAACAGUUACUGCGGAGCACCAGAUCCAACAGCCGGUGCUUCCGCUCACGAUCAGACUUCCUGGUACUUAGACGAGAAGACGUUGCACGAUAACAUCAAGAAGAUCCUCAUCAAGUUCUGCGUUCCAGCUCCCAUAGUCUUUAGUGAUGUUAAUUAUUUGAGCACUACCGCGCCGCCAGCUGCUUCCGAAUGGGCAUCGUUGCUGCGACCGUUGAGAGGUCGCGAACCGGAGGGCAUGUGGAACCUUCUUUCCAUUGUGCGAGAGAUGUUCAAGAGAAAUGAUCGCAACGCCAUCCCUCUUUUGGAGAUCAUCACGGAGGAAUGCAUGGCCUGCGAGCAGAUCCUCGUCUGGUGGUUCAACACCAAAGUUGCAUUACUGAACGGCACUGGAUACGGCAGCAAGCAUAAUAUGAACAGCAACGUUCACGCAUCUCAACAUGCGUGCUCAUCUCUGUGCGAUGAGAUCGUUGUUCUUUGGCGAUUGGCCGCUCUCAAUCCCGGUCUCUCUCCUUCGGAACGCGAGAUGUUGCACGCUCAAUUUAUGAAUUGGCAUUUGAGGAUUAUGGAUAAAGUCGCCAAAUGCCGUGGCGGAAGUUCUGUUUCACAUAACUCACAUAACAGAAGCAACAGUUCGCAGAAAGAUUCUCUGAAACAUGAUCUCACAGUCUUCACCGGAUUCAAGUCGGCACUUGAGGCUUGCUACUUAGAUUGGGAUGAAUACGUCUUGCCGGGAAUCACGUAUACCGCCGAGAAUAAUCCUAUGUAUCAUUGUCCUUUCACCUGUUUUCGACAUGCUGGCGAUACGAGGACGGAAGUUAAUCAGGUAAAUUCCAGUUCAGCGGUAUUGAAUUAUCAACCACCGAUCUCGCAUCAUCACGGUCGACGGCCGUUGAAUGUCGGCCUUGUCGAAUACGGCUAUUUGGAUAGACGGCGGCUGAAUCCGCGCGAAUUUCCAAUGUGUUCGAGAAGCGGCGGCGGCGACGGAAAUCGCAGCAGCGUUAGCUCCGAAGGUUUCUGCGAGAAUGAUACCGACAUUCCCGAUAUAUCUGAAUCUCAGGUUGUUCUUAGACAAGGUUGUGCUCAAUUAAAUAAUUGCGGCGACACUGAUUCGCAGGAAGGGGCCGGUAGCGAGUCAUCUUCCAACAGUAAUGUUAGCAUGAAGAACGCUCAAGGCUCGGACAAGCAUCGCUCAAACGCCUCGUCCGAGACACAUAGUGAUAGUAGUGAUAGUAGUAAUAACAAACCUACUUGCGAGAAUGGAAAGUGUAGUAGGACGAAUCUCGCGGAGUGUCGUGACAAGUCGCGCGCGGCUGCGUCCAAAGGGGUUGGUAUUAAAAACGAACAAGAAUCCGAUCAGGAAAAGGAAGCCGGUAGACCGUUUAAGGAUGAGAGCUCCUCGUCCAGUAGUGACAGUCCUUCCGGUGACGAAUACAAUGUUUAUUAUUACGAUCCGAAAACAGUGACUAAUAAUAGCGGUCUGCCGAGUAAAUAUGUUAAAAGCAAUAUGCAUGCCCCCACCACUGCGGAUGCUAGUAUAGUUCUGAAUAAUUUGAAGAAGACGGAAGAUCCAUGGGACAUUCUAUUCGCGCGGGCUGAGGGGCUUUACGCUCAUGGUCAUACGAGGGAAGCCUGUAUUAUUGGAGUACAACUAGCCGAGGAACUCUUGGCAAACCCUCCCGAUCUUAUGAUCGAGGGGCCGCCAGUACCGGUGAAAAACAAGCGGAAAAGGCAACAUGUGAACCCGGCAUCUCAUCAAGUAACGUGUCUCGCAUCAGCGACUUUAGCAAAAUGUGGAUUUCUAUGCACGGUACUUGCCGAGAAUCCGGAAUAUCAUAAUUUAGCAUUUCGUGUAGGUCUUUUUGGCUUGGAGAUGGCUAGACCACCGGCUAACACGAAACCUUUGGAGGUCAAGCUUGCUCAUCAAGAAAGUGAGUUGGUAGGUUUGCUAAAAAGAAUUCCUUUGGGACCGACAGAAUUAGCUAUGAUAAAACAGAGAGCCGAACAACUAAGAGAUGGUGUUAUGAGAUCAAGAGGACACGCGCUCUUGCCCAUUAUGUUAGCUAGCUUCAUAUAUGAUGCGCUUGACGUACCAAGAGUGAAACUACCUGCAGAAAUUGAUCCAAAUCUUGGAUUUGAUGCUGCUGUAGCUGUCUUGGGGUUGAAGGCGAAUGUGAGCGAAGCGGAUCAUCCACUUCUUUGUGAAGGAACUCGUAGACAGAGAGGAGAUUUGGCUAUUACUUUGCUAGUGCAUUACAAAGAUGAUCCCGUGAAAUUGGCCAGAAUCAUGGACAAAUUGCUGGAUCGAGACGUUCAUCAACUCAUUAAGUCACCCAUUCUCAGUAGUUAUUACACUUCGAAUCCACCUACUAAAAGCGAAAUGGCACGAUUUGUUCAUGACGAAGAACGCUCGUCGCCGCUUGGAACGGACAAUGGUGGAAAUGGUGAUAACAUCGUCGGCACUAGCAGUAGACCUCAUAGUAGUACGAGCGCGGAAUUGGAAAAUGGUAUCAGCGCACUAACCAUACAACCGCCGAUUGUUCAGCCACCUGUGCCUAUUAGAACUAAAGAAACGCGAUAUAAGAGUAAAAGGCUAUAUCCAUCUAUUCCCAAUCAGCCUUCGGAAGCGAGUGCGCACUUUAUGUGCGAAUUAGCAAAGACCGUGUUAUCAAAGGCCGGUGGUACCAGCUCAACUUCUUUAUUCACUCAACCAUCUACCAGUCAAAAUCAUCAUGGUCCGCACAGGGCACUUCACAUGUGCGCCUUCCAACUUGGCUUGUAUGCCCUCGGACUCCAUAAUUGCGUUAGCCCAAAUUGGCUCAGUCGCACGUAUUCGAGUCACGUAUCCUGGAUAACAGGCCAGGCGAUGGAAAUUGGUGCGCCAGCCAUCUGGUUCCUCAUUGAUAGUUGGGAAGGACAUUUGACGCCACCGGAAGCUGUCAGUAUAGCCGAUAAGUCUUCGAGAGGCAGUGAUCCAAAUAUGGUUAGAGCGGCGGCGGAGCUUGCUUUAUCUUGCUUACCACACGCACAUGCGCUCAACCCUAAUGAGAUUCAGAGAGCCAUAUCUCAAUGCAAAGAACAAAGUGAGGCCAUGCUAGAGAAAGCUUGUAUCACAGUGGAGAAUACCGCAAAAGGUGGCGGUGUUUAUCCAGAAGUGCUUUUCCAAGUGGCAAAGUAUUGGUACGAGUUAUAUCUCCGGCAAACUCCUGGUGGAGAUCAACAGGAUGAGAUUCCUCAUGAUCCUCUACAAUUGGAUCUCAACGGGGUAUUAUUAGUCGAGCCGGGACCUUCCGUAGACCUAUCAAAUACUCAAAUGAUGCCCGGACCGGCGCAGACAGUUGUUGUUACUAGCACGCAACCACCUCCUCAGCCCUACACUCAUCCAACGAUUACAACUCUGGCGCCUUUAGGAGUCAGUAUGCCAUAUGCCGUAGGCCCGUACAGCUUUGUACAUCCUCACCAUUCUAUCGCGACAUUUAGCGGUCCGAUGCCUUCGCAUCGAGUCACUUUACCGCCUGCACCGCAUAUGCAAAUGUACCAUCCGUUUCCGCAUCAUCCUGGACACCCUCAACAUCCACCGCAUCCACAUCAUCCAUCUCCGGCUGCCCCACCUCCACCUGGACCGUAUUACGCGCCGCAACCUCCACCGACGCCAGGAACGCGUCAUUUAUACACGAUGCAACAACCUCUUCCGGCCCAAGCAGGAGUGGCUGGUCCUCUCCCUGGGCAAAAUAACUUGGCUGGACCUGCGUUAGUUCAGCCACAACCCAUAAUAUCGACUGUGAGAGCUCAACCUCAGGUUCAUAGACAAAGUCAGACAUUUAGUCAACAACAAUUGCGGACUCUUGUUUCUGCAUACCGUGUGGGUAUGCUAGCGUUGGAAACUUUGGCUCGCAGAGUGCACGAUGAUCGGCCUCAAGCCAAAUACGCGCGAAAUCCGCCCUACGGAGAGGAUGUUAAAUUUUUACUCAGAGUUGCAAAGAGACUCGGUACGCAGUACAUGCAUCAGCUUUGCAUUUGUGCUGUGAACAGCAUUGUUAGUCCUUUUGUUCUUCAUCAUGUCGCUCUGGAAGCGGCCCAAUAUCUCGCUAGGAACAAUCCAGCGUUCAUCGUGCAUCAUCUGAGAUCUGCCUUGUUGGCUCCUCUAGUACACAAGUGCCAACAAAUGUAUAUUCAAUGCAUGCAUCAAAAAUUGUAUCAUUUAACAGCUGGCGAUUAUGAAGAAUUUGCAAGCAUUGUUUGCGCGGCAAGGGCUGCCUUUCAAAUUAAUCCCGAAGGAAAUACUCAAUUCAAAGAGUGGUUACAAUCGAUCAAAAGAUCUCAGUCGUGUAAUAAAGAUCUGUGGGCACAAAUCAACGCGGCGUUACAACAGACCGGCAAAUGACACAGAGCGGAGCCAGGCGUGACGUGGCUCACUUCCCUUCCCCAUCCUCAACCUCCGCCACCACCACCACCACCACCACCACCGCCACCGACAACGACAACUCUCGUUCUACA